AUGAUAAAAGAACCAACAGUUGCCCUCCACCUGACAAAGAUAGGCCCCUCCUGGAUGGACCCCAUCACUGAUUUCCUAGAAAACGGUAAACUCCUCGACGACGAGAAGGCAGCCAAAGCGUUGAGAAGGGAGGCAGCCAAAUAUGCGAUCAUACAAGGUCAACUGUUUAAAAAGGGACUCAGUCAGCCCUUAUUGAAGUGCCUGCAUCCCGACCAGACGGACUACGUAAUAACUCGAUUCGGCAUCCCUGAAGUCGUUGUCACUGAUAACAGGACACAGUUCGCUGACAAGAAGUUUGUGGAGUUUCUCACCGGCCUGGGCAUAAAGCAGAAAUUCUCCUCUGUAGAGCAUCCCCAGACGAAUGGUCAAGUUGAGGCCGCAAAUAAGGUCGUCUUGCUGGGCCUCAAGAAGCGGCUGGAUAACAAAAAAGGUGCAUGGGCUGACGAACUCGCCUCGGUUCUCUGGUCUUAUCGAACAACCGAGCAGUCGUCCACAAGAGAAACCCCUUUCCGCCUGACUUACGGGGUGGAUGCAAUGAUACCUGUAGAGAUUGGCGACCCGAGUCCACAAUUACUCCCGAAGGGAGUAGAGGAACGGUGGAAAAUGACCUAG